AUGGAGGCCGUGUAUUGGUUUUUUUUUCUAAAUAAACCAACGAUCUUGGCACUGCCAGUCGCGGCGCGGUCUCCGCGCCAAUCCAGCGUGGCCCAGUUGGUCCAGGAGCUGGGGCCCGCCUUCGCCCGCCGCCAGCAGCUGCCCGCCGCCAUGGCCGACACCUUCCUGGAGCACGUGAGCCUGCUGGACAUCGACUCGGAGCCCGUCCUCGCCCGCAGCACCGGGAUCGUCGCCACCAUCGGCCCGGCCUCGCGCUCCGUGGAGCGGCUGAAGGAGAUGAUCAAGGCGGGCAUGAAUAUCGCAAGGUUCAACUUUUCCCACGGGAACCACGAGUACCACGCCGAAUCCAUCGCCAACGUGCGGGCCGCGGCCGAGAGCUUCGCGGACUCCCGCCUCGGCUACCGGCCGGUGGCCAUCGCGCUGGACACCAAGGGCCCGGAGAUCCGGACCGGCCUGCUGGCUGCGGGGUCGGAGGCCGAGGUGGAGCUGGUGACGGGGUCGCGGGUGCUGGUGAGCUUGGACCCUGGCUACCGGGCGCGGGGGGACGCGGGCACCGUCUGGGUGGACUACCCCAAACUGGCCCAGGUCGUCGGCCCCGGCGGCCGCAUCUACAUCGACGACGGACUCAUCGCCCUGCGCGUCCUGGAGACAGGCCCGGCGGGGCUGCUGACCGAAGUGGAGAGCGGGGGCCUCCUGGGCAGCCGGAAGGGGGUCAACGUGCCCGGGGCCGUGGUGGACCUGCCGGCCGUGUCCGAACAGGACGCCCGGGACCUGCGCUUCGGGCUGGACCAGGACGUGGACAUCGUCUUCGCCUCCUUCGUGCGCAAGGCGGCCGACGUGGCCGCGGUGCGCGCCGUCCUGGGGCCCCGGGGGGAAGCCAUCAAGGUCAUCAGCAAGAUCGAGAACCGUGAGGGGGUGGCCAGGUUCGACGAGAUCCUGGAGGCCAGCGACGGCAUCAUGGUGGCCCGCGGCGACCUGGGCGUCGAGAUACCGCCCGAGAAGGUCUUCCUGGCACAGAAGAUGAUGAUCGGGCGCUGCAACCUGGCGGGCAAACCCGUCGUCUGUGCCACGCAGAUGCUGGAGAGCAUGAUCUCGAAGCCGCGCCCCACCCGGGCCGAGACGGGCGACGUGGCCAACGCUGUGCUGGACGGAGCCGACUGCAUCAUGCUGUCCGGGGAGACGGCCAAGGGGGCCUUCCCGGUGGAGGCCGUCCGCAUGCAGCACACGAUCGCCCGGGAGGCGGAGGCGGCCGUGUACCACCGGCAGCUGCUGGAGGAGCUCCGCCGGACGGCCCCCCUCACCCGCGACCCCGCCGAGGUCACCGCCGUCGGGGCGGUGGAGGCGGCCUUCAAGUGCUGCGCGGCCGCCAUCGUCGUCCUGACCGCUUCGGGCCGGUCGGCCCAGCUCCUGGCCCGCUACCGGCCGCGGGCGCCCAUCCUGGCGGUGACCCGCGCGGCCCGGGCGGCCCGGCAGGCCCACCUGUGCCGCGGCGUCUUCCCCCUGCUCUACCCCGACCCCCCGGAGCCCGUCUGGGCCGACGACGUCGACCGCCGCGUGCGCUUCGCCGUCGACAGCGGGAAGCUGCGAGGUUUCCUCCGCACGGGCGACCUGCUGAUCGUGGUGACGGGCUGGCGGCCGGGCUCCGGCUACACCAACAUCAUGAGGGUGGUCGGCGUGCCCUGA